UUUUGGUACAUCUGGAAGAACAGUAUUACUCAACUCCAAAUAUUUCCAAAUAAGAACUGACGCUUCCGGUGGCAGCAUCAUAAAAGGGCUGAAGAACACAAGCUCCGAGUUUAGAUUUGCUGACUGUACAGACCCAGCAAGAGUAGAGCGAGAUGGCUGCUGUGUUGGUGUUGCUCAUGGCAGUGCUGGUUUCGGGAGACGUAACCUGUCCCGACGGAGGAAACUGCACAGAUGGUGAAACCUGCUGUAAACAAGAAAGUGGGUACAGCUGUUGUGCGUAUCCCAAUGCUGUCUGUUGUCCAGGAGAGACCCAUUGCUGUCCAGAAGGGUUCCGCUGUAAUGCACAGAAUGACUCGUGCGAAAGGGUGGCUCCGGCAGAUGGAGCUGAGCUCCAGACCAGUAAGGCAGUCUUUUCUCCUGGUCAGUACUGUCCCGAUGGUACAUUCUGCUCUGCUGGUAUGGAGUGUUGCCAGAUUGGUGUACCAUGGACUUGCUGCUUCAAAACGUUUGCUGCCAUGAGGCCACUGCAGCCUCGCCCUGCCACAGGAGGAGACGUGGUGUCUCACAUGCCCCCCUACUUAUGUCCCAAUGGCAGAGUCUGUAAUUUUGGUUCACAUUGCUGCUUUUCGGAUCAGGGUUGGUCUUGCUGUUUCACGCAUGUACCUUAUGGGGAACACAAAAAGCCAGACUCUGACAGCUUAUCCACAGAAUUAAUUGACACCGGUGUUUACUGUCCUGAUGGUUCUACGUGUAUACCUGGUAAAAAGUGCUGCCUGACGCAAUGUGGAUGGCGUUGUUGUAUAGCAAAGCUGUCUUUACAGAGUGAACAGACGGCUAAUGCUCGUCUAUCCAUUCCAGCUCAUUCUCUUAAACCCGCUGUGUCUGUGGUAACCUGUGAUGCUCACAGGAGCUGUCUUAGUGGCCAAACAUGCUGCAGAGGCUCUACAGGCACCUUUUCAUGCUGCCCAUUCCCUAAGGGAGAAUGCUGUCGUGAUGGAUCCAGCUGCUGUAAUCAUGGUGCUGGAUGGUCCUGUGGUCCCAAAGGCACCUGCGUCUGGGGCGGACUGAUCACUCCGCGGAAAAGGACCCUACCUGAGCAGUGAUGGACUGACCAGUGAUGGACUGUCCUUGUACAAGGGGCCUGCUGCUCUUGGAUCUUCCUGAUAAUCUAUAAUGAUUUGCGAUGGCUUCUGUCUAUAUAAACACACAAAUAAUCUCUUCUGCUGAGUUAUAUCAUAACCAUUAUGUUCCUGCGACUUCAUUUAGUCAGCUGUGAGCAGCGAUGGAGUAACUCUGCUGAUAAUUUCAAACACAUGUAUUCAAGUUGUUCCAAUAAAUUCACAUUGCAAAUA